AUGAAUCCAUGGGAGACUUUUUUCGAAGAAGAACAUCCAUCACCGAUCAGAAGACAACUGCAGGGUCCACGCCCAUCUCCCCUAAGAGUCCACAAAGUAUCUCACACCAUCAGAAAGCCACCGUUAGCUCCGGCGCCGGAGUUUCGUCAACCAGUCAUAAUCUACGAUAUUUCACCCAAAGUCAUCCACACAACUGUCAACGAAUUCAGGUCAGUUGUCCAAAGACUCACCGGAUCAUCAUCUUCUUCUUCUACCGCCGCAUCAUCAAGUUCCGGUAACAUUUCUCCGGCUGCAAGACUAGCUUCUAUCGAAAGAACCAGCCCUCCGGAGCGAGAAAGGAGCAGUGGAGCCCAGAUGAGUGGUGCUGAAAUGGGGUUUUAUCAGUCUCAAGGAGUAUUAUCGCCCGCUCCGGCGACCUUGCCGCCUAUUCCGGCCAGCAUGUUUUCGCCGGGAUAUCAAGAUUGGUCAAUGUUGAAUGAUUUGAGUCCGUACAUUGGAAAUGACAUAUUUACCCCUAGUCCCACAACACUACUACCAAGUGAAAUGGGUAAUUCUGUACAUUCACCUUCUUAUUUUGAUUUACUUCGUCAAUACUUUGACUCUUAG